CUGCCCUGCUACAUAAAAACAGUCUGAGCCGCUGAAAACCAGAUGAGCUUCUUUUCAGCUCAGGUAGUUAGUGAAGUUACCACAGAUUGCCUUGGAAAGUAUUCUAGUGUGUUAACAUGGCUUGUAUAAAAACUCUGCUGUCUGUGGGAGCAUGUAUGACUGCUUGGAGCAUGACCACAGGUGACACUUCUGUUCCCAAAGCACAGAAUGUUCAUUGGACAUCUCUAGAUUUUCAAACUAUUCUCAAAUGGACUGUUGAAGAGUCUGAGCAUACAUAUACCGUCAUGUACUCUGAAAAAGAUCACAACUGGAUGGAUGUUGAUAACUGCUUCAGCAUGUCAGAGACUGAAUGUGAUUUGACUCAACAGCUUGAAGCAUCGAACAAGAACUAUGAAGCUGAUAUCAGAGCAGACUCUGACCACCUUGCUGAUGAGUUUGGCUUGGACUAUGACUUUCCUCACACCUAUGCCCCAAUGUUUAACCCCUACAAAGAGAGCAAUAUCAGCGCUUUGGAAUUUUCCAUCACGGAUGUUGAUGAGGGCACCGUCAUCCUCAACAUCACACAUCCGCUGACCUCCAUCACUGUGGGAGGAAAGCAGCAAACCAUCAAGGACAUUCUGAAAAAUGAUCUGAAGUAUAAAAUCAUCUACUCCAAAUCUGGAAGCACAGGAGAGAAAUAUAAGAUUGCUGACUCCAGCUCAGCAGAAGUUUCAGGACUGGAUGCUGGACAGAGCUACUGCUUCAUGGUGGCAGCUUUCAUUCCCUCCAGACCUAAAGCCACCCAACUUGGAGCCUGGAGCACACAGCAGUGUAGACGAGGAGACACACACUUCACACAAGAUUUAAGCCUUGGAGCUUGGGUUGGCAUCAUCUUCAUCCUAAUCACAGUCAUCAUUGUCUUCAUCACAACAACUAUCCUCUGCUGCAGAAGAAAUCACAAAAGGCACAAAAACAUCCAAACAGCUGAGUCAUCAGCUCCUAUCUGAGGUGCACAGUAUUUUCUGUCUGUCCUUUUUUUUUACAUUUAUCUGAACACAUUUCAUGCUUUCUGAUAGGAGGAUGAUAGGAGUACAUGAUGAAGAAAAUAAGGUUUUCAGUCACCAACUUCAGAUUGGUCCUCCUGCUUUAUUGUUUAUCAAUAAUAAAGUUAAAACAAAUGAAUGAACAUUCAAUUCAGAGAGUCAGAACAUUGGAUUUCCAUUAACAGAAAGUUGCCGGUAUUACAGCCAAGGAUAUGUUAAGUACUUCAGCAGUGCUGUAUAGUAUUUAGGUCGGUUUUCUGUAAAGCAACAAUGACAAAUCAAAUAAAAGUCCUUGAAAGUAGUUUUCUUUUAGUGUACCAACAAUAUAAAGAAAAAAGUUGAUCUUGUUUAUGUGGAAUACUCUAAUAUUUUUUAGUUAAAUUGUUUAUAAAUUCUGUUAUGUUUUUUAUACAUUAUGUUCCAAUAAAAAAUAUAAAAAAAAGAUUUCCUCCUUCCUUUGCAUUGGACAGACUGAAAUGACACUGUGUCGUAUAGAGUCACUCCAAAUGUGAAUGCUGACGAGGCAGGAGGUUGAUUAUUAACUGUCUUUAGCUGGGUGAGAAAGCCAAGAGGCAGAUUCAGGAAAGAUGCAUAAUCAACCUGAGAUGAACAGAGACUCAAGGAAACAACAAAUCGCCUGGAAAACAGCAACACUGAUCUAGGAGAACAAAAUACAAAUGCACAAAGAACACAAAGAAUAAAUUUAAAAAACUAAAUACUAAGAAAUAACCUAUGGCAAGACUUUUUCAACAAUAGCGGCGGUUUCUGAUAUGGGCAACUGCCCAGGGUGGCAUCUUGUGGGGGAAGCAUGAGCGCCUCCAUCCUCCAAAACCCCGAGCCCCCUUCUCUUACAACAGAGAAUGCAAAUAGUAAUAGUAAUAUUUUGUGUUUGUUCAUUGUGUGGUUUUUAUUAUGUAAAUCACAUCAAAAUUCUUAUCGCUAAAAUGUGCUAUACAAAUAAACUUGACUUGAAUAUCACAAGACUUCAGCCGUUAUAAAUGAACAAGGAAGAUGGAUCAAGUUCUUUAAGAUAAUAUUUGACAUGAAUUGGUUCUAAAAUACUGACUACGUUGAAUUCAUGGAUUAAUAGUGAUGAAUUCAGUGUUAACACCACAAAUAAAAUGAGGAUCAAAUAUGUCUGUCAAACUGAUGGUUUCACUAACAAUACUGGACUUAUUGGUAAUGGAAAAACUGGGCAGAUAAAUGGUUGUUAUGGUAACCAGUGCAGUUGUAACUGAAGGCAGGACCUGGUAAGUGGACAGCAAGCCAAGCUUGAAUCAGAUUGAUUUAUCAGCCAUUGUGUGUUACAACUCCAAGGUCUUAUAAAGACAGACCAUGCAUUCUAUUUCACUUUCAAAUAUGCAAAAUAUCUUUAAGGUUUAAUGUUUCUCCAUGACCUCAUCUGUCAUUUCGUGCUCCUUAUAUUAAGACGAUGUCUCAUGUACAAUUCAACUGGCUCUCUAAAGAAAUAAUCAGACUAGCUGUUGGACUGACAGUUUUAUUCCUUGAAUACUUCACAAAAUGUACCAUUUACACAAGAACAGUUUUUUCUAUCUGACAGACAAACACAUUAUUAUAGCAGGAAAUUGUUCCUCCAACAGGUUCAAACACAAUUUCGCUGACUGUCAUGUGACUUAACAUGGCUUUUAACAAACAAAAAGAUCAAUGAAUAAAUAGAGACAGCACUAAAUGAGGACACAGAUAAAGUGUCAACAACUCAUCUGUAUGGGUAACAUCUUCUGGUUAAAAUUGCAUUUGCAAUCUAUAGCAUACAUAAUAAAAAAGAUGGUUUUAGACAUUUCCUAAAACGUAACAAAAACCAUGCAUAGAUAGAAAAUUUUAAUUUCAUAACAAAACUAUUUGUUCUGUUUAUUUAUGGGAACUCCCUGUCAGAUAAUGUAACUUGAAGCAGUUUAAGUCAGGUAUAUUGUCAGGAUUCUAACUGCAUCAGUUACUUUCACAAUACAACUGGGUUAUGCAAAAAAUUAUCUGCAAAUUCAUGAACACAUUAACAAGAAAUAGUUCAUUAAAGGAAGAUAAAGUAUAAAAUCUUUUAUAACAUGAAAAGAAGCUUCCACCUCAUUGCAGCUCCUACAGUAGAGUUGAUGUAUUUGUGACUGUCAUUGGUAAUAGCAUUAAACAUUUAAUUCCUAUUGCACUCAAUCAAUUCUGGACCCCAGUGGCUACAUCAGGCAGUGCAUCAGCCUUCUUCUGUCCUUUCCAAGAAGCUCUUACGUUUUUCACACCAACAAAAAACAUGAUUUUUAUGUUUAAAUAUCAUGUCCCGUAAUUAAAAAUAUUUUAAUAUUUCUUGCUUAUAUAUGUAAAAUUUGGUGAAAAACAGAAGCUAAAGCUGUCUUUUGUAGUAUGACCAAUAAUUUGAGAUUCAUGUAGCAGCUUCAGUGUGCUUGAAUGAGAUAUUGCAUGUUUACUCUGCAAUACACAGAUGUUCUAAACUGGUAUUGGUCUGGCCAACAUCGUGUACAUGAUGCAUAUUUACUGUACAUAACAGAGUAAAUAUGUUUUGCUUAAAAAUAUCUCAUGCACAAUAAAAGAGGAAUCAUCUGGUUGGCUUGUUCAACUAUGUUCAUCUGUUGAGUACAAUGGAAGAUUUUCACACAAUGAACUAGAAGCAAUAAUGUUUCAGAACGACACCUUUUUGUUUUCCACACACAUGAUGGCUCACAGCCAAACUAAAGGUUAGAUCACUUAGCAUCCAGCAGAGAAUAUCUCACUGUUUACAGUUGGAACUUUUCAUGUUUUGGUUGUUGUGUGUGAAGUUGCAAAGUUGCAUGUUGUUCUGUAAAAAGAUUUCAUAUUUGCUACCAAUCAUUUCACAGUGUUUUUAUGUAGCCAUGAGGUAGGCCAACAAAAGGUCUUUAGUGUGAGGAUUUAGUUUUCUGUGUGUUUAUUUAGUUCCUGUGUUGUCCAGUCUGCCUCUUGAUUGUUCCCAGCUGUCCCUCGUCUCCCCUUAUUACUUUCCCUGUGUAUUCAUACCCACUUGUGUCUCUUGUUCCUUGUCGGAUCCUUGUCUAUCAUCAAUUGUCAGAAGUCUUACAUCAGUUGUCGAAAGUUUGUUCCAGUUGCUACCAGAGUCAAAACUAUUACUCACCUGUGCUGCCUGGAUUUUUGUGUAUCAAUUCGUCAUUGAAAACCAUCAUUUCCCACUAUACCUGGGUCCUGCCAUGUCCAUCCUCACGACUACAAACCGCACAUCUUGACAUGCAGUGGCUGAAAAUAUUUUUGCUCAAGUUCCUCUUGAGAGCAGUGUGAAGACAUAAUAUCACAGGUGACACAUACUGUACUUAUCAUACAUAACAGUCUCCUGUAAAACAUUCACCAAGGAAUAACGAGGUUAUUUCACACACCAACCCAAACAUAGAUUCCCAUUUGAACAAACAUAUUUCAAAGCACUUCUCUUCCGUUUCUACCAUUUUAUGCCAGUCAGGCUUUUCCCUAUCGCUAAAAUCUGCCCCUGUAACCAAUAUGUUGGAAGUGUUUUCCAUUUCUCAGUAAAUAAAUAAAUGAAUGAUUAAAUAAGACCCUACUCAGAAUUACCGACAUGCCAGAGUACCACACAAGAAAUGUGAGGUUGACUUUAAUGACUAAAAGCAAAUCGGGGCACUUGGACUCUAUUCUUAAAAAGGAGAUCAACCACACAACCGCUUUAUUAUGUAAAUUUGUUCAGUAGCUUGUUGGAAGGUAUCAAAUAAGCCCAUCACAUAACUGCAACUCAAUGAAACAACUUGAAGCUCAAACCGACCCAGCAUAGUCGGGCCGAAGUCCUGAAUCGGCUCACAUCACCACAGCUGCCUGAUGAAAAUCACAUCAUUUUGUUCUCAGCCUCAUGCCGCCGCCUCUUCUUGUCACAAUCUCCUUGGUGAACUUUUCACCCCUCUGAGCAUGUAAACUAUUGUGUGUUUAGUUUGAUGGUUGUUUAAGAGGGAAAAGUGACAAGACACCAAUGUUGACCUUUCAUUUCAUGUACUCAACUUCCCCAACAUUUAUUUUCCACAUCUGUUCGACUGAAACACUGAACUCCCUGCUCCGUUCUGGUCUGAAAAAGUAAAAUGAGAUUUUUCAACUUGAUGGUCAUUAUUUCCUGCUCCGAACUUGUGAACUCGUAGUAAUUGUUCCUCUCUGUUGUGAUCCCUGGAUCUACUUUGCUGUUGUAAACCAUGCAUAUGCCAUACCACCAUAAUACAUACUGCAGCAGGAGGACUGUCACAGGAGCUCAGCUUGCUGUAUUUUCUGGAUCUCUAAGAGUGUGCAAAAAACCAACACCCCACAACCAUGUGACCGCACGUCAACAGUUUGACUUCAGGCAGAUAAUGCACUCAGAGAGCAAUGUUGAUAUUUCUCUUCAAAUAUUCCAGUUCCACCAUCUGAUUUUUGUAUCCAUAGGAGAUAUGAAUACUUUUGAGGAAAGUUUAUGUGACACAGAAAGGAAUUCUGUACAUUUGUAUGGUUCUUCACUACAUAACUACUAUAAUAAUAAGACUCUUGGGGGGAGGGAAAUGGCAUUGUCGUUGUCCAUGGAGGAGGAUGGCUGCAGAAAGCUGUGGGGCUCUCACUGUGCACAUUUCAUAAAGCCAAAAUAUAGGAUUCAGGAAGGCAGUGGUAACCCUGUUGGUUAGAGGUGUAAUGGAUCCUAAAGUGGAAGGGGUGUCACUCAGGUGAUCUGCACCUUUGCAUUAAAGUUGUGUGUGAAAAGUCUGCAACCACAUAACUGCACGUCAACUGUUCAGCUUUCGGGUAAGCAUGUGGUAGACUAAAGUGUUUCAGAAACUGUGGAUCUACUGUAAGAACUCUCACGUUUCCAGAGAACUCUCUGAAAAAGACCAAAUAUCCAGUGAGCAACAGUUGUGUUGACUGACAUGCCUUGCUCAUUUCACAAGUCAGAGAUGGACAGACUGGUUCAGAAUGGUAGAAAUAGAACACAUUCUUGUUCCAAAGUAUGCAAAAUGUCCUGAAUGAAUGCAAAGAUGGAGGACCUAGAGGUGAUUGAGAGACAGCAGCAGAAAAGCAGAAAAGCAAAAUAUCUAUUCCAGCAAAGGACAAGAAACUGCACCUACAAUUCAUACAGGAGAAAGUGUCUGUUAUUGUCAAAACUAUAAAUCUUGAUUUUAGCUGUGUCAUUCAGAUGUCAGGGCCAAAAUUUGGUGAAACAAGUUGAAAGCAUAGAUUCAUCCAGCAAAUAGUAUUUUACCACCGCCAAAACUGAAACGGUUUACCAUGCACUAACGGCCUCCACAGUCACCAGAUAUCAGUCCUAUAGAUCAUCUUUGGGAUGAGAUGGAACAAGAUAUUCACAUGAGCAAUAGGAAUUUCUCAUGUGAAUAUCACUGUGCUGGAGACAAGCACACCUGCAGCAGCAGUGACUAUGUUACCAGGGAAGUAGGCCUGAACCAUCAAGGUAUGAAGUACACAACAGAACUAAAGAUCUCCAGCAGAUCUUUUGAAAUCCUUGAGUUUGUGGCUGGAAGGUGGGAUUUAUUUGGCCAGCAUAUCUGACUGAUGAUUAAUUGGAUGAGAUCUGGAGAGUCUGGAGACAAAUUGGCUCCAAAUAUUCGGUGUUGUGUUUAUUUCAAUGUACUUAAAAACUUGUGAUGUCUGCAGCACAUUAUCCUGUUGAAAGGAGGCACCUGGUCAACAUGUAUGUACUGUAGGUCACUGAUAGAUUUUGCUCAAGCUGGAUGGGUAUACAAAGGCAACAAGCUCACAAUGUUGUUUUGUGUGAGAUUCAAUUUGGUUGAGCAAAUAAAAUCCUAUCUGUAUUUUGGAAGAAGUGAAAUAAUAUUUGCUACUUAUACUAUUUGACAGGUCUCAGCUGUGGAUUUAGCCAAUCUUUAAAAUCGUUCGGCGCUUCUAUAUAUAAUUUGGGAAAACUUUUAUUUUUUUCCACCAACUGCUUUCACUGUUUUACAAUUUGUAUUUAUUUGAACCUUGUAUUCAGGUCAACUCCCAGAAAGGAUGACUGAAAUGAAAGCAACAUUUUCAAAAUAUUUUCUGUCAUUUGCAAUUUAUUUUUAAAGAAAAAAAAAGCCAGAAAAAAUUUAUUAAAAUUGUAUUUUAAAAAAAAUGGAGAUUUUAUUUUUAAGCCAUAUCGCCCAGCUCUAGAAUAAUGUAAAGAGCAUAUUAAGGAGCCAAAAUGAAAAUGUGAGGCAUAGUUUAAUCCAACUCAGAUAUCAUGCCAAACAUGUCAGUAUUUUUUAUGUCCUGUUACAAAAACAGCUUUUUAUGCAAUGCACAGUCAAACCUCCAGAAUUUGUUCUCAGUCCAAAGAAAUGGGUUAAGCCUCUCCCGUCCUUUAUCUGAAUCUGAACAGUUGAUGAGAGGUCACAUAGUUGUGGGCUGCAUGUACCUGGGGCGUGUUGAAGCUGUUUAUACAGUUCUACAUGUGAAGAAAUUAAGGAAAUUUUGUUCAGUUAUGUUUGCUAAGGAUCAGUGAUGUAAUGAUCCUUUUGAAUAGUGAAUACAAAUUAAGACCUGGAAUUCACAGAGUUCAGCAGAAUCAGAAAGAGGUGCAUUACUUUUGUCACAUUUAAGGAUUAAGUGAUGAUCUCGGAAUCAAAUUUAAAUGAUUAGUAAGUACCGUAUUUUCCGCACUAUAAGGCACACCACAUUAUAAGGCGCACC